AUGUCUUCUAGAAUCACCAGAUCUUCGGCUCGUCAAGCAGCGAGUCAGGCAGCCCAAACUAACAAUAUUGCUCCUGCCGCUGCUGACGUCCCGACCGUACCCUCUACUACCCCAUCCUCCCGCAAGCGAAAAGGGCUCGCCGCCGAGAAGAGCCCCAACGACACAUUACCCUCUGGGUCUUCAGGUCGACGGUCCAAGAGACAAAAGAUCCCCGAAGCCGUUCUUCCUCCGAACCCCAACAAUAACAACAACGCCAUAUCCAGAUCUCGGCGAAAGGGAAAGCCCGCUGUUGAUAUGGACAGCCCGGAUAAUAACCACACCGGAUCUGCGCAUCCUGCAGAGCCCUCCAUCUCCUCAGGUUCUUCUAGCAGAAAAUCGAGCCGUUCUAAAAAGGCCACGGGACCUCCAUCAGAGCCCUCAUCUGGUACAACUCUGACCACCCGAAGAUCGAAACGGAACCUUGACAGUGCAGUCGAUCAAGAUACACCGAUGACGGGUACCGACGAGAACAAAGACCCAGGACCACCACCUCCUCCUCCUCCUCCUCCUAUCGAUCACCACGACGAUGACGAUAGCGAAGACAAUGACGAGGACGAAGAUGAAGAGGGAUCACGGAGGUACGACGACGACGAUGACGAUGACGACGAUCCUUUCGGCGGAUUUGGCGGCCCUCCAGGCAGUCUAUCCAGUACGCUUAGAGCACUAACAGGGAUGAUGUCUGGCCUGACAUCUCGAUUCCGGGAAAUUCUUCACAAUCUGCGAGUUGAUGAUCUCUCAGUACAGCUAAUAGCUUUGCAAGAGCUAUCAGAAAUACUUCUGGUUUCCAACGAAGACAACCUCUCUGGCCACUUCUCGCCCGAUGCCUAUGUCAAGGAGCUGGUUUCCCUCAUGAAUAAGGAGGAAAGCCCGGAGAUCAUGUUGCUCGCGUGCCGUUGCUUGGCAAAUCUGAUGGAGGCUUUGCCUGCCAGUGUUGCGAACGUCGUCUAUGGAAGCGCCGUCCCCGUCCUGUGUCAAAAACUCCUCGAAAUCUCUUUUAUUGAUUUGGCAGAGCAGGCCUUGAGCACAUUGGAGAAGAUAUCAGUCGAAUAUCCUACCAGCAUUGUUCGUGAGGGUGGCCUCACUGCUUGUCUGUCUUAUCUCGACUUCUUUGCUACCGGCACGCAAAGAACUGCUGUUACUACCGCAGCAAAUUGUUGCCGCAACAUCCCCGAGGACUCUUUCCCGGUAGUGCGAGAUGUAAUGCCUACGCUUCUUAACGUUCUCAAUAGCAGUGAUCAGCGGGUCGUGGAACAGGCCUCGCUUUGCGUUUCCGGCAUCGUUGAGAGUUUCAAGUACCAUCCCUCCAAACUUGAGGAACUCGUUAGCGUCGACCUUCUUCGAGGUGUGCUGCGUCUUCUUGUUCCCGGCACGACGAACAUGAUCGGCUCCAGUAUCCAUACACAAUUUCUCCGAGUCUUGGCCUUCACUGCGCGAGCUAGCCCUCGUCUUUCCACAGAGCUCUUCAAGCUUAACGUUGUAGAGACAUUGUAUCAAAUCCUGACCGGAGUUUCACCACCUAGCGGCACCGAAGAUGUUGCCUCCAAACUGGACAGUGUCGUAAUCAUGCAGGCUCUUAUCCAUCGACCACGAGAGCAGAUUAUUGAAACGCUCAAUGUUAUUUGCGAAUUAUUACCUAACCUACCACGAAACGCAGAUCCGUCGUACGGUGAUUUUGUUGAACUUCAAGCCUCUGCAGAUCCCACAAACCCGGCAUCCAGUGGGGGAAGAAACCGCAGGUCUACAAAUGAAAAACGCAUUGAGCUUCUUGAAGAGUGCAAAGACGAAGUCCGCCGUUUUGCGCUUAUCAUCUUCCCUACUUUGACGGACGCGUUCUCCAGUACUGUCAACUUGAGCGUUCGCCAGAAGGUCCUCACAGCGCAAUUGAAGAUGCUCUCGAAUCUUGAUGAGGACAUCUUAGUUGAGGCACUUACUCCGGUGCCUUAUGCGUCUUUCCUCGCAUCUAUUCUUUCGCAACAAGACCACGCAUCUCUGGUAAUGCUUGGCCUGCAAGCGGCCGAGCUGCUACUAAGCCGACUCGACAAGAUCUACCGUUAUCAAUUCUACCGCGAGGGAGUCUUCCUUGAGAUCACCAAGAUUGCUGAGGAGGAAGAUGCAGUUGAAGAGAAGCCAGGUAAGGGCGAAAAACGGGAGUCUCAGGGCGAACAAGCAGCAGAACAAGAUAACGAACAGUCCUCGGACCAGGAAUCUGAGCAUGAUGAAGACGAGGAAGAUGAGGAGCGCGAGUCCUCUGAUGACGAGGAGGACGAAGACGAAGAGCAUGAUAACGAGAAUGGCGAGGCGCAGAAUGAAGAUAUGUCUCCUGUUAGUUCCCGGGGAUCCACCAUGUCUCUCGAGGUCCCUCUCCAUCGUCUUGUCUCCGACGUGCGAUCCAUGAAAUCUCGAACUCGAGACGUUGCCAAGAAGUUCUUAGAGACACAUGAGACGGAAGGCCAUGGCCAGGCUAUGAAGCUCAAGGCAACAGCAAUCCUUGAUGCUCUUUCAGAGUUGGCUGGUGAGCUUGAGACUUUCUACCUCAAACCGAUGCCCGGCAACGUUGCGGCCGAUAAAGGAAAGGAACUAUUCACCAAGCUUGCAUCAUAUUUCGAUACCGACGUCCUGGAUAGUGUUACGAGCGCAGAACUUCUAGCAUCCGGCCUUGUUCGUGUGCUUCUCGAGGUCUUCAGCAACCCUGACGAGGAGCAGGCCCGUGCCGCUCAGUCAAUGUUCCUGGAAGUCUUCAUGGCAUACACCGUCAAGUCGAAGCCAAAAACUGCAACUGCAGAAUCUCCGGCGACGCCUUUCAGCGUCAUGAUUCACAAGCUUCAGGACUUGCUCAGUAGGUCAGAGCAUUUUGAGGUUAUCACAGUGCAUCAUAACACAUUUGACGGCAACCACAGCAGUCCCGCCUCAAUGCUCGGAAAGCAAAUUCGACUUCGUCUUGUUGCCGAUGAUGAAUCCGAAAUACCUCGACCAUACCGUAAUAUAAUGGUGUCAAUUCAUGCCAUUGCGACUUUCAAAUCCCUUGAUGACUAUUUACGACCUAGAAUCAGUAUCAACGAGCGAUCUCGUGGCUCCGCCCGCCGGGACGGAGUUGCCCGAGCACUUGCCGCUAUGGCAAACAGUGCAGGCCUUCCUCUGAGUAGUGCAGCAGCAGCCCGCCUGGCAGCAGCUGAACGAUCAGGCCCGUUCUCAAGCGGACCUCCGGUACCGCCGCCGCCUGCUGCUCCAACGCCAUCUGGCUCCCGAGCACUUCGCAAAUCAAAGUCACAGGCUGCCCCUGCUACACCAGAUCAAAAUGCUGGACCGUCUCGCGAUAAAGGGGCACUUAGACGCUCCUCAAGACGGCAUGGUGCCGCUAACACACCCCCGGCUCCUCGACCUCCGCCCGUAGAUGAUGAGGAAAUGCAGGAUACACUAGAAUGCGCCGAUGAGAAGCAGCUGACUGAUGACGAAGACGUCGGAGAAAGCAGUGCAUUGGAUGCCAUUGUCGGCGAACUUGAAGAAGACAUGGAAGAGGAAUCGACGCCUGAGGAUACUUCGGCUGUCAACAUGGAGGUCGCUACCGGCGGCCAUGUCACGGCACGCAAGGAAGAUGGCACUCGAAUCGCGACACCAACUGGAUCCGGUGCUCCUAGCCGUGCGGGUGGACCCUCCGUUGGCACCCAAGGCACACCUACUCCAGCAUCGUCAUCGUCGAGGCCGAUGUCCUAUGCGUCUGCUCUCCAGGCUGUGCCCCAAGACUGGCACAUCGAGUUCAGUCUUGACAACAAGCUGAUCCCCAAUGAGACUACCAUCUAUCGCGCUGUCCAUACUUCCGCUUCUAACUCGGAUGAGCAUCUAAGCAGAAGCAUCUGGUCGACUGUGCACCCAAUCAAGUUCAAGCGUGUACCUGGACCACCUCCUACGGAAUCUCUUUCAUUCUCUUCUAACACGGAAGCUGAUGGCGAAGACGAGCAUGGAAUUCCCGCUUCGCUUGCCAAAAACCCCACAACGUCAUCAAUUCUACGCCUAUUGAACAUUCUUCACGACCUCAACUCAAACAUUGAGGACGUUUUGAUUGAGAAAAAGAAUAGCGUUAUUGGUCUUAAUGUUGAGCCGCUGUCACAGUUCAUCAAUACCAAACUCACGGCGAAAUUGAAUCGUCAGUUGGAAGAGCCCCUGGUUGUUGCCAGCAACUGUCUACCCAGUUGGGCGGAGGACUUGGCUCGCCUUUAUCCCUUCCUCUUCCCAUUCGAGACUCGACAUCUAUUCCUCCAAUCUACAUCUUUCGGAUAUGCCCGAUCAAUGGCUCGGUGGCAGAAUACCCAGUCUGCGGAGGAUAACCGAAGAGAUCGAAAUAACGAACGGCCAUUCCUCGGUCGCCUUCAGCGACAAAAGGUUAGGAUAUCACGUCAGAAGAUCCUUGAAUCGGCCUUGAAAGUUAUGGAGCUAUAUGGUGCUUCACAGAGUAUCCUAGAAGUUGAGUAUUUCGAGGAAGUGGGUACUGGUCUUGGUCCCACUCUUGAGUUCUACUCAACUGUCUCGAAAGAGUUCUCAAAGAGGAAGCUCAAACUAUGGCGUGAGGUUGAUUCGAGCGGCUCCGAUGAGUUUGUUUCUGGAGCCACCGGACUCUUCCCUCGACCACAGAGUGAUGAGGAGGCUGGGACACCAAAUGGAGAGCGGAUCCUGCAUCUUUUUAAGAUGCUUGGAAAGUUUGUUGCGCGAUCCAUGAUCGACUCCCGAAUCAUUGACCUUCACUUCAACCCCAUCUUCUUCCGCAUCGGAGAUGCAGUUUCGUCUGGAGUUAAGCCAUCAUUGGGGGCUGUGAAAAUUGUCGACCCUGGCCUUGCCCGCUCCUUGAAGGCCAUCAAGCAAUUUGCCUUGGCCAAGAAGGAAAUCGACGAGGAUCCUAAUCGUACACCAGCACAAAAGGUUGCCGAUACAGAAAACAUUACUAUCGAUGGCGUCAAACUUGAUGACCUAUGUCUCGACUUCACUUUGCCCGGUUAUCCUAAUAUUCAACUAGAGGAUAAUGGCUCUCAGAAACGCGUCACUAUUGACAAUGUGGACUCGUAUCUGGAGAAGGUCAUUGAUAUGACUCUUGGAUCUGGUGUUCGUCGCCAAGUCGAUGCCUUCCGUGCUGGGUUCUCACAGGUAUUCCCCUACUCGGCGCUCAGUGCUUUCACACCAGAUGAGCUUGUCACCUUGUUUGGUCGUGUAGACGAGGACUGGUCACUUGAGACUCUCCUUGACUCGAUAAAGGCAGAUCAUGGUUUCAACAUGGAUAGCAAGACGGUCAAGAAUCUGCUCCACACAAUGAGCGAAUUCGAUGCUUCGCAACGCCGUGACUUCUUACAGUUCACAACUGGAAGUCCGAAGCUUCCCAUCGGAGGAUUCAAGUCUUUGACACCCAUGUUUACUGUGGUCUGCAAACCCAGUGAACACCCUUAUACGUCCGACGACUACCUUCCCAGUGUCAUGACGUGUGUCAACUACUUGAAGCUUCCGGACUACUCUACCAUUGAGAUCAUGAGGAAGCAGCUUUUUACAGCAGUCAAGGAAGGCCAGGGAGCGUUCCAUCUGUCGUAG